AUGGGUCGGGCACAGACAGUAACCACCACGCAAGCCAAGACAGGGAAGUUUGCGCCCAUCCGGGUUCGUUCCUUGGAGGCUCAAUUGAUGUCAAGUUCACGUCAAUAUGCACGCAUGCGCAGAGCACGAAAUCCCAAUGUCAUCUUUGGUGACUUGAAGGCAGCGCCAAGCAAUGAAGUUGACUACUUGUUGAGGCCUUUGAGUGCCACUGUAGUUGAGAUUCGAAGUGAGGAUCAUGCUGUUGUUCUGUCUCAUCCGCAACCGUGGGAUGACACCAAACCCAUCGUCUGCCAUGGGUUGGCUUUGCCUGUUAUUCAUGCUGAGGAAGACUGCCUGUGGUUGCAAGACAUUGACGCAGUGUCACGAGCGGAUGUUGUUACCCAACUUCACUGCACCGGAACAAAGGAGGACCUUGAAGCUGCAUUUGCCCAGGCUUGGAAAGCACGGUGGGAUCGACACCGGGAUGUGCCUUUUGAGCGGUGGAACGUCAUCCUGGAUUUCGCACGUAGGUUCUUGCCCCGGCGCCAGCUUCGUUGGCCGAGCAUCACUCCUGAAGAGUUAGACACUUUGUACGGCAGUAGGGCUGCGAGAUAUGCCGGGCAGGUGUGGAGCCAGCUUCUCUGGGCUGUGGAAGCAUUCAUUGAAGCGUUGGACCUUCUUUUGGAUCAGAAGAAAACUUUUGUGUGGUCCACUAGCAGCCAGGGCCGCCAGUGCCUUCGGGACCAGGGUUUUACAGUGGUUGACAGUUGCCGCAUGUUAGGAGCACAUGUCCAGACAACUCGCAAGCAUACCAAUGCUACUCAGAUGGUUCGUAUCCAUGCACUGCAGUCCAUGUGGCCUAAACUGAAGUUGUCCGCGUCGCCGUAUGAACUGAAGAUCCGUGCAAUCCGUGUUGCUGCCUGGCCUAAGGGCUUGCAUGCCAUUGCUUCCACUACGGUCUCGCUGCAAACAUUCUCCAAUUUGCGGUCUGGUGCCAUGAAAGGUUUAGCUGCUGAUGGGUCGGGAUGCAAUGCAAUGGUGCAUCUUGGUAUGGUAGAACGGCCAGCCACAGAUCUGCACUUUUGGACAGUUUUGCAUACCCUACGAAUGGUCAGGGACUGUGGUGUACCAGAAGUUGUCCAUCCUGCGUUGUGGGAGUUGGCUCGUGGGAAUCAAGAGUAUGCCACCAAUGGGAUCUCAGCUACACUGCUGACCCGUCUCCAGUUGCUGGGGUGGCACAUCCUGUCACCUACGUUGGUAGUGGAUGAUUUUGGCAGCUUUUCCCUGUUGGCCAUUUGUCUUGCGGAGCUGCAGUGGAGGAUGGAAUGGGCUUGGGUUAAGGUUGUGGCCGCCCAUGUGUCCCACAGACCUGGUUUUGCUGCUUUGGAGUGUGUUGAUCCAGUCCGCACCAGGCAAUGGCUGGCCAAGUUGAUCUUACUAGGUGCUGAUGUGAAGAUCAAUUCCCCCAAUGCUGACCUGUGGACCUUGAUUGCAGAGGACGUGAUUGCCGGGACCCAAAUCCAAAUCACGAAAGUGUUAGCACAUCGUGAUGUCUCUGCCGCGAACUCGCCUUUGGAAGAGUGGUGUUUUCUCCACAACCAGUAUGCGGAUAGAGCUGCUGCAAGGGCUAAUGAGUGCCGUGAUGCAUCUUUCUGGCCGCUGUUGGCUCGACAUGCGAGUGCGUGCAGGAGUGUUGAUGAGUGGAACACCACUAUUCAACAGGUUCUUUUGUUGGUUAGCCGGAAAGUCCUGUAUCAGGCCAGACCGUUGGAUCCCGUUGAACCAGUUCCAUCAGAGUCCCUUCCUCUGCCAAGGUGGAAACCGUUGCCUCCUUUACCAAGCCCUCCGGGGGGAGCCAUCAGAUGGUAUGGAUGUGCCAUUGUGACCAAGUUGAUGAGGUGGUUUUGGGACGCAGUUGAGUGUGAACUGGGACAGAUGGCAUGGGUAUCUAAUGCGCAGCUUUACAUGGUCUUUGCUCUGACAACUGGAGAAGCGGGCCCUGUUCACAUUCAUGGCUGGAGGGAUAGUGCAGACAUGCCGCUUCAUGCACUGAGGAGCAUUGGGUUCAAGGAGCGAGUCAGGUGGUUUGGCAAGGUCCUGCGUGAGACUCUACGACACGCUGGUGUUUAUGUGACUUCCAGAUACUGCCGACCUGCCAGUCACAUGAUUUGCAUGCACGCAAGCUGUUUCGGGGCUCCGUGGGAUCCUGGGCUACUUGAUGCCGUAGACAGAUGGAUGAUGAGAUUUGAGCAGUAG